UAGAUCUUCAGGAACCUAUUAAUUAUCUUUUAAAUGAUGAAGAAUCUCCUUAUUGGAAUGACCACAUUGAAAAAUAUUUUGCAAGGCCUAAUCAUGAAGAAUUCAAUGAACUAACUUAUCCAAGUUAUUUUGAGCAGUAUAACAUAAUAAAAGGUAGACCUGAUGCAAAAAAUUAUCCUGUAUAUAUUGAUCUAUUAGGAAAUUAUGUAGUAAAAAGAACAACAAAAAAACUAGUAAGAUUUCACUAUUUAAAAUUGCAAGAUGAAAUACAUAAUCAGUUACAACAAAAUACUGCCAAUUAUAUUAGAAACCAGGAACAAUUAAUUAAUGCCAAAUUUUCUCAAAUCAUGGAAAACAUUUUGAAUAAUCUUCAAGACCUGUUAUGUGACAAUAUUUCUCAGUUCUUACAAAUACAAUUGAAUAGCUUGAAGAUUUCUCCAAUGAUAAAUCCACAAAAUACUAUUAUAGAUCUUCCUGAUGAUCAAUUGCAUAAUAAAGAAUCUUUUAGGGCCUCUAAAUGA